GCAAUCCUAACCAACUUUAUUUCAAAAAACAAAUCAGAUAAUCUAUAAAUAAACUAAAUCAAAGAAAAAAAGUCCUGGGCCAUAUGGAUUUACAAGUGAAUUCUAUUAAAUAAUUAAAGAGUAAUUAAUACCUAUGCUACAAAAAUUCAUCUCAAUAAUAGAGAAGGCACUAUAAAGUCCUGAUUUGUUGUUCAAUUCUAUCCAACUCUUCCUGAUGUAUUUGGGGUUUUCUUGGCAAAGAUAAUGGAGUGGUUUGCUAUUUCCUUUUCCAGUUCAUUUGACAGAUGAGGAAACUGAUGUGAACAGGGUUAAAUGACCUGCCCAGGGUCACACAGCUGCUGAAGUUGGAUUUGAACUCAGGUCUUCCUGAUUCCAGGCUGUUCUAUCCAUUGAGUCACUUAGCUGCCUCCAUUCACAUACAGACAUUAUCUGGACAAUGUACAACUAGGCACAGAUUUUAUGGAAACAGGUAAGGAAAAAAAUGAAAUAAUGGGAUAUUUUGGACAGAUAAUGAGGGUCUGUGGAUAUAGUAUCCUGCAGGUAAUUGUUUGAUUUAUGCUCAUUGGUUUUUCUGGACUUUUUUCUCUUCCAACUUUUUAAAAAUUAUUUUUAUAAGAGAUAUUUCAUAGAGCGAAGAGACGAGAGGACUAGUGCAGGGGGAAAUGUUAGCAAGAAAAGAUUAUCAAUAAAAUAUAUUUUAAAAAGAAACCACCAGAGAGUCAGCAACAAAACUAAUUAAGGUGAUUAAUAAUUUAAAGAAUAUUAAAAGAAAUUGCUUUAAAGAACUAGACAGAAUAAUAAUAAAAUUCAUUUAGAAGAACAAAAUGUCAAGAAUUUCUAAGGAACUAACAGAGAAAAACAGUAAUGAAGAGGGGCUGGCUAGUAUUACCAGAUCUCAAACCAUAUUAUCAAGUAGUGACUAUUAAAAUAAUUUGGUAUUUCUAUGAUAUAUCAUUUUUAAAAAUUGAUCAUGGGAUCAGAGCUAGAUGGGACAUUAGAGACCACCUUGUCCAACUGCCUAAUUUUCGGUAAAAACAGGUUGUGACUCGCUCAAGGUCACUGAGGUGGUUAGCAUCAGAUGCAGAAUUUGCACUGAGAUCCCCGGACUCAGGGAACAGAUUAGAUGUAUACUAAACUAUCAAAGUUUUGAUCUGAUGUUUGAUCUUUGCAAGCCUGGGUUUUCAAAGGCCAUUUGGCCUCAGUCAAAGACAUCUGGCCGCCAGGUGUUAGUUUCUGGUCAGUUGAGGCCGCCUUCUUCUGGGGAUGGAGGGGCUCUCGCCUAAGUUUUAAAAACUGGACCCACGCUUGGGAUCAUAAGCUCUACGAGGGACCCUGCGAGUCCUUCCAUGUCUUCAGUCUCAGAAUCCCAAUCCCCAUCCAAGACUACUCCAGAUCCCGGCCUUGAAAGCUGCCCUGGAGUUGGGAAAGCAGACGGAAGAGGGCAGGAUCACGUGGCGGGGGGGCUCGAGACAGCCGGGGGUGGGGGAGGGAGAGUAGCCUGGGGACCUGUUUGUUGUCAGAAAAUCCCGUAAAAUGAGUCCGAAAACAAAAGACAACUCGGAAUUUCUGCGGUAAUCGACGUGCCCGGCGUGCCUCCGGGUGGAGAGAGGUCGCCGGAACUCGGCCCUCCUCCCCUUCCUUCCGCUCCCUCCCGCCACUCGCUGACGCACGGGUGACGCCAGAUAUAACCGUGAGCCGCAGACGCCGCUCCCAUUAUUCACUUCCGCUUCCUUGGAGCGCGGGUCUCUGUGCCUCCCGGACUUUCUGACCGCGGCGGCAGCUGGUGAAGAUGUUAGGCCCUUUUAAGAAGAACGCCGUCAUCGGCCUCAACCUCUACUGCGGAGGGGCCGGCGCUCCCCAGUCUGCCGGCCACCUGCUGGUGCCCGGCAAAGGAACGACCGUAGAAAGUCCGCCUCCGCGGCGUGACUGCGGGGAAGUGGAAGCGGGGACCACGACCACGUCGGCGGCGGCGGGGUUAAUUGGCGGAAGCGGCGGCGCGAGCCUCCCGGACCUGGUGCCGGGCGUCCAGGGGGGCGCGCGGACGGCGCUCAUUGGCGCCGAGGUUCCUGACGUCACCGCCGCCACGCCGAGACCGGUCUUCUUCGCGCCCGGCCGCCGCGUCUCCUCGGCCGCCGCCGGUGUCGCGGACGCCGUCAUGUCCCCCGAGGACGAGCUGGACGGCUACGAGCCUGAGCCCCCUGGGAAGCGGCCCGCCCGGCGGUCGGUGUUGGCCCUGGCCCUGGCCCGAGAGGGCGGGGACAUUUCGAGCGGCGCCCAUGGCUCGCUGCCCUCGACGCCUCCCGCGGCCGAGGAGGAGGAGGAGGACGAGCUGUACGAGCAGUCGUUGGAGCUGAUCACCCGCUACCUGCGCGAGCAGGCUGCCGGCACCAAGGACGCCAAGCCCCUGCGCAGUGGGAAGGCCCUGGAGACCCUGCGGCGCGUGGGAGACGGCGUCCAGCGCAACCACGAGACGGCCUUCCAAGGCAUGCUUCGGAAACUGGACAUCAAGAACGAAGAGGAUAUUAAAGCUGUGUCUCGAGUGGUCACUUGUGUGUUCAGCGAUGGAGUAACAAAUUGGGGCAGGAUUGUGACUCUCAUUUCUUUCGGUGCCUUUGUGGCAAAGCACUUGAAGAGCAUAAACCAGGAAAAUUGCAUAGACCCACUAGCAGAAAACCUAACAGAUGUCCUGGUGAAGACCAAAAGGGACUGGCUGAUGAAGCAAAAGGGCUGGGAGGGGUUUGUGGAAUUCUUUCAUGUAGAGGACCUAGAAGGUGGCAUCAGAAAUGUGCUGCUCGCCUUUGCCGGUGUUGCUGGAGUAGGAGCUGGUUUGGCAUAUCUAAUAAGAUAGCCUUGUAAGUGCAAUAAAUGACUUGUAACCAACUCCAGGCACCAAAACUGCACACUUCUGCUGUGAAAUUAAAGUAUUUAUGAAGCUGGACAUCAAGCUACCCAGGCUAGAACAUCCAAGAAUCCUUCUAGAGCACUGAGUACUAGCAGGAAAAGGAAGUGGUAUUCUGCGUCUUGGUAAAGGCAGAAGGGGACUUGGAUAAGAAUAAAUACUAGUGGAAAAUGUGCCCUGUCACCAAGAAGAAUGGCAGUUCUGAAAGAAGCUAAAUUGUCCCAGCAACAGGCAGAUCUUGGGGGAAGACCAGGAAGAGAUUCAGUGAUAGGAUUGAGAGAACUUUUCUCAAUUCACAAAUAACUGGUCAGGAGGCGUCCAAGUCAUAGAAAUCUCCCUUGAUAUUCAGUAGUUUUACAGGAUUAAAAAAGCACUAACUGCCCUGGGCUUUCAAUUUCUACCAAUGACCCGAAUCAUCUUUAAAGUAUCACAGUGAAAGUGGUCUGGCUCUGAGGUUGGAGGCAAAUUCCAAGUGUUCCCAGGUAUACCUACUCUCCUUUUUUUGGCAUGGUUUGAGUGAGUUUAUUACCCUGGUGAUACUUAAUAGGAUGUUUGAGUUACAAUACGGUAAUCAGCUGUUGUAUCAACAAAAACUUUACAGCCUUCCCCCAAAAAAGAACAACAAAAACCAACUUGUAAAUGUGUUUAUAACUGUAAAAAUUUGUAUAUAUUUUUACAGAAAUUUAUUUCUUUGAAAUGUUAAAAGGAGAGAUUUUGUUUUGGGGGUUUUUUCCCCCAUACCUUCUAAAAUUUGUAAUGUUGUUUGGCCAGGUGAUUUAGAACCCUUGUCUUCUGUGUAACAUUUCUGAUCUCAACUAGUCAAAUAUUUUUGGUAUUCAAAACCAACUUGUGAUGGAUUCAAAGGCCGCAUAGUUAUGAAUCAAUUUUUAAAACUACCUUUGUGUUACUUAUGGAUAGGGCUUAUUCUUUGAAGGGACCUGGGAUAGGGGGAGGGGGAAGUGUAGUACAUGAAAAGAUUGAUUUGUGCAGCUUCUUAAUAAUUGAGCCAAAGUAAUUUUUGGAACUUUUUCAUUGGGCGUUUUGUUUUUUUACAAAUAAUGGCUUUUGUGAUCAUGCCAUCAUGCACAUACAUUCAGUUUGAGUUCUCCAUUUUUGAGUCACUAACAUCUGACUGUUCAUGUUACUAACACAGUUUAGUUUAUGGGCUUAGUUUUUAUUUUCCAGAACUCACACAUUUUACCACCCAAAUUUCUGUAGCAGAAAUUGUAUAGGAAGUCAUCCACCUGAGGCGAACUUGACCUUGUUUGCUUGAAUAAACUUGCAAGUAAAUGUAAAGAAAGCUGAAUCUAACCAUGGUGCUAUUAUUAGGCUUGCUUGUCAAAUACAGGCUAAGGCCUAGUCUGUCAAUAAAACAAAUGUUUAUAUAUUGUUCAAAAUUUACUAUAGCAGUGAUUACCGAACUCUGCCAAAGACACUCUGCUUUGGCCUCUGUAUGAAUAGCAGACUCGCUUUCCAUUUUUUCUACCAAAUUACUCUUUCUUUUCAAAAUUUGCUUCCUCUUACUCCGGCCCUUUUAUAAUUAACUUCAGGACCAAUCCCUGUUACUCUUCCUGCUCCUUUCAGGUUGUGGCCCUGUGACCCCGUGACCUCAGUCCUUGGCAGCCCCUUGUGAACUUCCACCUAGUCUCCCAGUCUCCAACUGGGUAGACAUGGUGGGGUUGGUCCCUAUGUCUGCAGGGAUGGGAAAGUCUUGGGCUGGUGCCCUUUUGGUUGCUAUGCUAAGCCUGUGUUUUGAUUCAAUUUUUUUUUUCCUGUCAAAGUCCCCUUGAUGUUAGGGUUUUUCAGAGGGAGAAAAGGUCUUGUGGUUUCUUCUACUAGUGACCUUUUGGGUGGGGGAGGGUGUGUCUUCAAAGUCCUUUAGAAGGAUUAAGGCUGAAUCUUUUUGUCACCUUUCUGGAUUGUUUUCCACUGGGAGACUUAAAUCUUUUAAAGUGAUCGGUAGAGUUUGUAAAGAAGUGUUAAAUCUCAAAGAGCUACCCAAUAGUUAUUCGGCAUAUCUGAAAAUAACUCUUUGUGGUGGAGCUGGCUUAAUCUAAAAAACUGCCGCAUUGUAGCAAAUUAACUAGACCUUGGUCUGUGGACUUUGUUGUAGAUAAAAUAAGCAUAAAUCAAGUUUGACUAAGAAUGUAAUAGGGAAGAACGGCCUUGCCUGCUCAUCUCUAAGCCAUGAGGCCUAAUGCUGAAACUGUUUUUCACGUAGUUGUACUUCUCAUUCUUAACCAUAAUCCCACUUAUUUAUAUCACGCAUAUUGGAGCAACUAAAAGCACUUUAUAUAGUUUUUAUAACUUCAAAAUCCAUGUAAAAGGGGCAGGGAAAAUUCUACUUACCCAUCUUACAGCUGGGGAAUUUUAGGCACAAAAAGAGUGACUCACCCAAUAAACUAGUGGUGGAGCUCAUCAUAAAGAUCUUGACUCCUAGAUCGUUUUAAAGGGAUUGUGUUGGUAGAGUAAGACCUCAGAUUAGAAAAUUGUCUGGUGUGUAGGUUGGGAAGAGUUAGGUUUUGGGGAGGGAAGGGGGGAUGUGCUGAGGAAGUGUAGGGAGUAGAAAAGAACCUCAGUGCAUUAAAGGACUGGCCCCUAAUACGUAGUUGGCCAGGAAAGGGGCCAUUUUCACUGUAAAGGAUGCUCAGAGGAACCCUAUGUAUUGUUUUCUUCUGCUUCACUCAGGGAAAACUUGAAAUCCCUGGUCUAGGAUUCCCUGUAAAUCCUGUAUCUGGGGAGUGUACACCCUGCCUUUGGUCGGGCUUGUUCCUCUUGAAGAGGUGAGCCAGGGAGGGUUAGGACCAACUUCAAAAUACAUCGGGUUGUAAAAUCUAGUUUGUUUUCUUAACUUCCUGUUUUUUUUCUGAGAAGAGAAUAAUAAAUCUUUUAUUUAAAUUCAA